AUGCCCGCGACGUGUGGAACGCCAGCGAACCGACCGCCAUUGCUUCUUUCGUACACGACUAGCUUGGUACAGGGCUGCCAGCAUCCAUUCAGAUGGACGCCGGCGUCCUCUGGAGCUUCUGCUCCCUGUACCAUCCGAGCCCCCCGCCCUCCGUUCCGCCCUCACCGCCACCCCACCCGCCGCUCCACACCCAUCGGCGGAUCCCGACCUCCUAGAAGACAGUGUCACACACCCACGCAUGCGCUGCACACACCCCUGCGCGCACUCCGUGUUGCACGCACCCCACUCACAUUCGCUUUGUCGCCCUCGUCAGUCUCGCUCCCCUCGCGCUAUCCUUCGCCUUCGUCUCAUCUUGGAUUUGUUGUCUCUUGUGCAGAUUCUUCUGGAUUUCGGAUUCGCUUCGCUCUCUCGAACUCUUGGACUCGGAUUCAUGGAAUGGGGACGAUGGCCGUCGGCUCAUACACCGACGCGCCCGUCCACUCACUUUGCCUACUUACAGCUUCACCUAAUUCCGGCAAACGUCUGCCUUUGGACGAAUUUGUAGCCUUAGAUACGACUCCGACUCGGUGUAUUUGCACAACCUAG